AAUCUCUUAUACAUAAAACACAUCAACCCAAGCCCAAUUGUCUCCAACUCCAACUCCAAACCCAUCAUCUCACUCUCUCUAUAUUAGUCUUUUCUCAAUACCCAAAUAUCACUUUUUCUUAACCUUAACCUUAACCCUAAUAUCAUCUCACUCUUUUUUCAUAUCAAAUGGCUGCUGAACCUCAAAAACCUGCUGAAGAAGUUGCCACAACCACCUCUGAAACUGUUGUUGAGAAAGAACAACAGGCUGAUGGAGUUGUAGCUGCUGCUGUUACCGCUGCCGCUGUUACCGCUGCCACCACUGAUAAGGAAGCUGUUGCUGAUCCUCCUCCUGCUGUUGCUGAUGAGGCUGAGAAGCCGGCGGAAGUUGUGGCUGAUAAGGUGGCGGAUGAAACUGUUGUUGAUGAAAGCAAGGUUUCUCAAUCGGUUUCUUUUAAGGAAGAAACUAACGUGGUUUCUGAACUUCCUGACGUUCAGAAAAAAGCACUUGAUGAACUUAAACAACUUAUUCAAGAAGCGCUUAACAAACAUGAAUUCACCGCUCCUCCACCCGCUCCAGUCAAAGCACCUGAACCUGAAGUAGCUGUAAAAGAAGAGAAAAAGCCUGAAGAAGAUGAAAAGAAAACCGAAGAGGUGGUAGAAGAGAAGAAAGAUGAAGCAGUAGUUGAGGAGAAGAAGGUUGAUGAAGAAAAAGGUUCAACCUCUGAGGAACCUAAAGUUGAAACUGCUGAACCUGAAAAGGAGGAGAAGAAAGUGGAGGAAACGGUUGUAGAAGUUGUUGAGAAAAUAGCUGCAAGUACCGAAGAAGACGGUGCGAAAACAGUUGAGGCUAUUCAGGAAAGUAUAGUAUCUGUUCCAGUUACUGAAGGUGAACAACCUGUUGCUGAGCCUGUUGCUGAAGUGGAGGUUACUCCUAUUGUACCAGAAGAAGUUGAAAUAUGGGGAAUUCCAUUACUAGCUGAUGAAAGAAGUGAUGUGAUUCUUCUCAAGUUCUUGAGAGCUAGGGAUUUUAAGGUGAAGGAGGCUUUCACUAUGAUCAAACAAACCGUGCUUUGGCGAAAGGAAUUCGGAGUCGAAGCACUUCUUCAAGAAGAUCUUGGAACUGACUGGGACAAAGUUGUUUUCACUGAUGGUACUGACAAAGAAGGUCACCCUGUUUAUUACAAUGUUUUUGGUGAGUUUGAGGAUAAGGAUUUGUAUCAAAAAACAUUCUCUGAUGAAGAGAAGAGAACCAAGUUCGUUCGUUGGUGGAUUCAGUCUUUGGAGAAAAGUGUUAGGAAACUCGACUUUGCUCCAUCUGGUAUCUCUACUCUUGUUCAGAUUAAUGAUCUUAAAAAUUCUCCUGGACUUCUUGGUAAGAAAGAGCUUAGACAAUCUAUUAAGCAGACUCUUCAGUUGCUUCAGGAUAACUAUCCUGAAUUUGUUGCCAAACAGAUUUUCAUCAAUGUUCCUUGGUGGUACCUUGCCUUCUCUAGGAUGAUCAGUCCUUUCCUGACACAAAGGACUAAGAGCAAAUUUGUAUUUGCUGGUUCCUCCAAAUCUGCUGAAACCCUUUUCAAAUAUAUAGCUCCUGAGCAAGUGCCAGUUAAAUAUGGAGGACUGAGCAGAGACGGUGAACAGGAAUUCACCACUGCUGACCCUGCUACAGAGGUUACUAUCAAACCAGCAACUAAACAUGCUGUUGAGUUCCCAGUUUCUGAGAAAAGCACUUUGGUUUGGGAAGUAAGAGUUGUGGAUUGGAAUGUGAGCUAUGGAGCAGAAUUUGUGCCUAGUGCUGAAGAUGGAUACACUGUGAUAAUCCAGAAGAACAGGAAAAUUGCUGCAGCUGAUGAAACAGUAAUUAGCAACACCUUCAAAGUUGGUGAACCUGGAAAAGUUGUACUCACCAUUGAUAACCAAACAUCCAAGAAAAAGAAGCUGCUUUACAGGUCCAAGACCAUACCCAUCUCUGAGUAAAAGGAAAAAUGUUUAAAUUCAUUAUAUGGUCAAUAACAUUAUUGUGAAGGUUAUUGGGUGGGUUACUUAUAUUCUUUUAUAGGAAUAUUUUCUUCAUUUGGUUUGUAAAUUAUUUUGUUUCAAGUAUGGGGUUGGGAAAUUUUAUUUACAGUUAUUAUCACUUAUCAAUAUUCUUAAAUUAAUGUGGUAUUUUGUUCUUUUGUGUUGGAAUUGGAUGAAACCUUUGCUGGAUGAAGAACACAAUUGGGUUCUUUUGUAAAACAAAAGUUUAUUGUUUUUGUUAUCUUGUGACUCUGUGAUUGAAGGAUUUAUUUGAGUAAUUUUUUUAUUCCAA